AUGCCCCAGAGUAUCAGCAAGCUCUUGGACAUGCCUGUUCUGCGCCAUUUGACAUUUAAGAGUUCGGCCCCUGGCACUGAGGGUGCCGAAAUCGCACACAACCGUGCUCGGCCGUCAUCCAAGCGAGCAGCAAACACCACAAAGCCGGAUUCCGCUGUUAAGAAAUCAACACGGCGCUCGCCAAAGACCAAAGACGAGAUCCCUGAUUCUGCCUUUCCCCCCCCUCAGCGCCAGCAACUUUUGAAUGGCUACUUCGGUUUUAUCGGGCCGGCUCGUGCCCCUCCGACAGGCCCAUCCCGGGCUCUGAAGCGCUCAAAGAAGGAUACUGUUGAGUUGGGGUCGCGCUCCAUCAAGCAGCUUUUCAACGCCAUCCCUCCUACUAUCAUCAUCUCUGAUUCCGAGGAAGACGUUGAUUCCUCCAGCUCCGCAGCCUCCGCUACACCAACCCUGAACCGUCUUACUGAUAUCCGAGCGUUCACAACGCUCGUUUGGGAAGCAGGUCUCCAGCAAAUAGAGGUAUUCAAGUGCCCGUCUAAGCACGACAAUGUCAUCCGGCUUGUCAACGACAAGGACUUCGUGCCGUCUUUCGAGCUUGGCCACCCAGAUGGCCUUGUGAAGCCGGGUGUGUCGGGUGAAUCCGGGAGUAUCUCCGGGAUAUUUUCAGAUCCUGGGGGUACCGAUGGUGGUAUCUGUUGACGAGCUCUCUGAAAGGGGAUCAAUUAAUUGGUGGAAAAUCCCCUCGACCUCUUCACGGGAAGCCUUGGCCGG